AUGUUGUUUCGCGUUGUAUUGUGGGUAAUUUAAGGUGCGAAAACAGAUCAACACGCUGAAGGAAGACUGUGUGACAAAAAAGAGCUUCCGCAGUUUACAGUAAGCAUACGAAUCUAAAUCCUUUUUAUGGAGACUUAAUUGAACGUUUUUUCUUUUCUGUCUUGUGGCGCGAGGUUACCACUGAGUUGCGCCGGUCGGCCGGUGAUUUGAUAAUUAGCGCAACAUGAGUUUAAGCGAGCAUUCACUGCAAGCCUUGUCCUGGAGGAAGCUGUACCUGAGUCGAGCCAAACUGAAAGCUUCGAGUCGGACAUCAGCUUUGCUCUCCGGAUUUGCUAUGGUUGCCAUGGUGGAAGUGCAGCUGGAUAACAGUUACCCAUACCCACCUGGACUCCUCAUCGCCUUCAGUGCCUGCACCACUGUGCUGGUUGCUGUCCACCUGUUUGCUCUGAUGGUCAGCACCUGCAUUCUGCCCAACAUAGAGGCUGUCAGCAACGUGCACAACCUCAACUCUGUGAAGGAGUCUCCUCAUGAGCGGAUGCACAGACACAUUGAGCUGGCAUGGGCUUUUUCAACGGUCAUUGGCACUUUGCUCUUCCUCGCCGAGGUGGUUCUGCUCUGCUGGGUCAAAUUUUUACCCAUUAAGCCAGACAAAUCCAACAACAACACAGUCUCCUCUGGCAUGGCUGCUGCUCUCACCUCUACUUUCAUUAUGGUUCCCUUUAGUUUAAUCUUCAUAGUCUUUGCAGUGCAUUUUUAUCGCUCGUUGGUCAGCCACAAGACCGACAGACAGUUUCAGGAGCUGGAGGAGCUGUCUAACCUAACCAGGCUUCAAAAUGAGCUGGACAACAGGGGAGAAUCAUCCAUUCUACAAUCACCAAGCUCACAGUUCCCAUAGAAAAAUGUACAUAUUUGUUUUUGGAACUACAAGACAGGACACAAUUUUGGAUCUGGAUUUUUCCAUAAAACCUUUACCUUUUUAUAGUUUUUUUUUUUUUUUUUUUUUUUUUCAGAAGACACUGGAUCUUACUGUGAACUCAUAAAUGUGCCAUAAUGCAUGUAGAUGGGAAUCACAAAGUCCUUAAUAGGAUUUUAGCUUAUUAGAUUUCCAUCAGCCAAAGUGGAUAUCUUGUUUUCUUCUAAGUUUGACCUGCUGUGUUUGAUUUUAUUGUUUUUGCACAAAAAAAGUGUAUGCAUAUGUAUGUGUAUAUAUAUAUAUAUAUAUAUAUAUAUAUAUAACAUAAGAAGGAAAAUAUACUGAACGAUACUUGAUUUUGGUUGCAGUUACAGAGACAACUGGAAAUGAAGGAACAAGGCGCUUUGGUUUAUAUGCGUUUAGCCCAAAGGUUUUGUGAAUAUUUGAUGCAUUGGUACGAAAGCGAUUCAAUUCUUUUCACCAUUUGACCUUUAGAUCACAGAUUAGACAUCAUUUUCUAAGUAACUAAUGCAUCUUAUCUUGGCAGACAUUUCAUUGUUGGACUCAUUUUUGUUGCCUUACUGCAUUUAUUAAUUGCUCUCCAAAAAGCACAUAUUCUUUCUUGGUUAUUGCACUGAUGUGUGUUUGAAACACAGCUUUUUAACAUUUAUGUGUGUUUUUAAAGGCAAUGUUCUGACGGUAUUUGAACUGGUUUCUGUUUGUGUUGACUAACAAUCUGCCAACCUUACAGUGUUAUCAGAGUUCUGACAUUAUUGUGUUUUAAUAAACACCUUUAAACUAA